AUGGUGACACCCGAAUUUAAGCAUGUUGAGCGCUACAUCUGGGGAUUGGCUCCAGAAUUUCGCAGCUUAGUAACUUUGGCUAAACCAGAAAUGAUCACUCAGGCUGUAACUCUGGCUGUCAGCCUUACUGAAGAUGUCGUCCGAAUGAAGAAGUUAUCACUGAACCCAACUGAGAAGACCGAGACGCAUGCUGAGUCGUCCGGUGACAAGAAAGGGAAACAUUCGAACCUGAAUCAAGCAACCCGCAGUAACAACAAGGGUUCGAACAAUAAGAAGCGUGAUACUAACCCACCUAAGGAGGCGAAAACCUUCGUGGCUGCAAACGAUACAGGAGCUAAGAAGUAUCAGCGCACUCUGCCCAAAUGCAACCGCUGUAACUUUCAUCAUGUCGGAAACUGUCGUGUUGGGAAAUGCGAAAACUGCGGGAAAUUAGGUCACCGCACUGAGGAUUGUUGGGGAAAAGGUAUUGGAGGUCGUAGUGGUAAUGGCAACGGAAGCGGGAGUGGAAAUGGUGCUGGUAACAGGAAUGGUAACGGAAAUGGGCAGAACCAAGGAUGCUUUGGUUGUGGAAGCAAGGAUCAUUUCAAGAAAGAUUGCCCAAAAGAGAACAACAUACAGGCUCGAGCAUUCGUGAUUGGAGCCAGGAACGCAUGCUAG